AUGAACACGGAUAUACCAAAUGCGACCCAGGAGGAGCGAACGAAUGUUUCGGUGAGUUCGGGAAACACAAAAUCGUCACUCCCAAUAUUCCAAUGUCUGCCGAAUGCUACCAGUGACGGCAUUUCAUUAUUUCUGAAACAUUGAUUGGUUUUCUAUGUGCGAAUAAAGAAAUUCAAAAUCUUAUCAAAGAAAGUUAGAAAGAGAGUAUCAAUAGAACGAAAAAAACAACUGAACAGUUUACUUUUAAUGAGUCAUUUUCAAACUGCGACUAUCCAUCAUUCUUUUCCUUUUUAUUGAUUAUUUACCAACGGCAGACGUCGAAAAAACUGAAAAAAACAAAAGUCCACGAAAAAAGAAAAAUAAUAUUUUUGUUUGUCAUUGGAGCGAAUUUGUUCGCGUGGUCGAGCAUUUUCGCGGGUGGCCGAAUGAAAUUGGCCUAGAAACCGACAAUUGUUUGAAAAAGCCGAAAUUUUGAUUUUCGACUCUCGCUUGUUUUUACACCUUUUCCCGCAUUUUUUCAGGUUUAAAUAGCAGAAUUAAAUUUUCAAAAAUAAUUGUUAGUUUUAUUUUUCAUAUCUCGAAUCCAAUUCCUAAGUUCUUCUGGUUUUUCAUUGUGAAAACGAUGAAAUUAGGCCCAAAAUAUUUUUUUGUUCCAGCAGCUCGAAAAUUGCAAAAUGGGAGCUUAUUUGAACAAACCAAUUGUUGAGAAGGAGAGAGAUAUUGGAACUGGAAAAGGAUUCAACUAUGCAUGCACAUCGAUGCAAGGAUGGAGAGCCAAUCAAGAGGUAUUUUUCUUAUAUAUUAAACAGUGAUCUGUCUGUCCGCCCGACAUACUUUUGUGCCCUAGAUUUAGAAAAUUACAAGAUAUAUAAUCACUUUGAUAAACAAAUUUUAAUUUUUUGCUCAAAAAAUGACCCUGUGUAAAAUAGAAAUCGAUUUGAAUCUUGCACUGGAUGAGGUCAUCACCCAAUUUUUCGAAAUAAAUUAUUUUUAUUUCAAAUAAUCUAUAGAAUCUCUUGUUUUUUGUGAUAAUUAUAUUCAAACUAUGUAAAUUAUAAGAUAUAAAGGGGUGAAGACCUCAUCCAGUGCAAGAUUCAAAUCGAUUUGUAUUUUACACCGGGUCAUUUUUUGAGUGAAAAAUUGAAAUUUGUUUAUCAAAUUUAUCUUGUAAUUUACAUAGUUUGAGUAUACUUAUCACAAAAAACUAGAGAUUCUGUAAAUUAUUUUUUCUUUCCAAAAUCUAAAGAAAUGGUUUACAGGAUGCGCACAAUUGUGUAGUUGAUAUUCACGAUGAUUGGAACUUGUUCGCGGUUUAUGAUGGACAUGGUGGAAGUGAGGUCUCAAAAUAUACCGCCGAGAAAUUCCCAGAAUUCCUGAAAGAUCGCAAAUUCUGGGAACAAGCCGAUGUUGAAACUUGUCUUCAAAAAGCAUUCGUUGAUUUUGAUGAUUUUCUUCGAUCUGAAGACGCAAUGAAAGAAUUGGCAGUUUUAAGUGGAAACGUAAAAGAGAAAAAAGGAGAUGAUUCAGAAGAUGAAGCUGAUCGAAUUGAGACAAUUGAAGAGAGUGGGCUACCAUUGGCAGAAAUAAUCAAGAGAUAUGGAGGAGUUAUGCCGGCUGGAGGAGCACGUUCUUUGUUGUCUGCUUUUCUUCAACAACACCCUGGAAGUGAUAGUGAUGAAGAUGAGGAAGAUGAAGAAGAAGAAGAGAAUGAAGACGAAGAAGGUGGAGAUGAAGAGAAUGCUGAACCUGGAGAAGAAAAGAAAAAAGAGGAAGCCGAAGGGAAUGGAAUCAAGAAAAAUAACAAGAAACGUUGUAGUAAAUCACCAAUUCAAAGCGAAGCCAAGAAAUCGAAAUCUGAAGAAGUUGGAGUCGAAUCUGAAGCUAAGGGAGACAAGUGAGUGAUUUUUUUUUAAAUAAAUUAGAUUUUUGAGCGAUCAAAAAAGUUACUGGUUUUUUUUGUUGAAAAAAUCACAAUAAUUAAUUUUCAGUGGAACUGCAAGUGAUGGACCAGGAAAUAGCGAAGGAACUGUGUAAGUAUUUAAAAAAAAUGCUCUUGAACAUUUCAAAUUUUGAAUUUUUAGAACUGAAUCAUCGAAAGACGAAGCUGACGAAGAUGAUGCUGAUUUUGUUGCUGGAGAAGAAGAGGAAGAAGACGAUGAAGAUGAAGAAGACGAGGAUGAGGAAGACGAAGAUGAACCCGAUUUUGAAAGUCUGGCUCUUGGAGGCGGCGCCGAAACACCAGGAGAAGAUUCUGGAACCACGGCUUGUGUCUGUCUUGUAGGUAAAGAUAAAAUCAUAGUUGCAAAUGCGGGAGAUUCACGUGCUGUUCUGUGUCGCGCGGGUAAAGCUCUUGAUUUAUCAGUCGAUCAUAAGCCAGAAGACGAAGUUGAGACCAAUCGAAUUCAUAAAGCUGGAGGCAUUAUUGAGGAGGGAAGGUAUGCGAGUUUUAAUAAAUAAUUUGAGACUAGAAGAUUUUCUACAGAGUAAACGGCGGAUUGAAUCUUUCACGAGCUCUUGGCGAUCAUUCAUACAAAAAGAAUGAGAAAUUGGAAUUGCGUGAACAAAUGAUCACUGCUUUGCCAGAUGUUAAAGUUGAGGCGUUGACUAAUGAAGACGAGUUUUUGAUUGUUGCAUGUGAUGGAAUUUGGUUAGUUCAUUUUUUUUUAUCAAAAUUUCUCUAAAAAUCUGAUUUUCUUCGCAAAAACUUAGACGUUUUCAUACUAUCUUAAAAAUCCGAAAAAAAUCUGUAUACAAAAGUGUUUGAUUCAACAAUUUGUUUGUCUUUGAACAGAGACAGAAUCUGAAAAAAUCCAUCCUCUCUUCAGGAACUCAAUGGAAUCUCAAGAAGUCAUAGAUUUCGCUCGCGAUCUUCUUUCCCAAGGCAAAACCUGCACCGAAGUAUGCGAUGCUCUCUGCGAUCGUUGCUUGGCUGAUUCAACUGAUGGAGAUGGAACAGGUUGUGAUAACAUGACAAUUAUCUGCACACAAUUUGCUCGUGAAAAAUAA